AUGCUGGCACUGCUGGCCGCCGGCCUGGCGCUCGCCGUGGCCACCAGGGCCCAGGAUAGCCCGGUGCCUGGCAGCCGCUUCGUGUGCACCGCGCUGCCCCCGGAGGCGGCUCGCGCCGGCUGCCCGCUGCCUGCGAUGCCCAUGCAGGGCGGCGCGCUGAACCCCGAGGAGGAGCUGAGGGCCGCGGUGCUGCAGCUGCGCGAGACCGUCGUGCAGCAGAAGGAGACGCUGGGCGCGCAGCGCGAGGCCAUCCGCGAGCUCACGGGCAAGCUGGCGCGCUGCGAGGGGCUGGCGAGCGGCAAGGCGCGGGGCGCGGGGGCCACGGGCAAGGACACUAUGGGCGACCUGCCGCGGGACCCCGGCCACGUCGUGGAGCAGCUCAGCCGUUCGCUACAGACCCUCAAGGACCGCCUGGAGAGCCUCGAGCACCAGCUCCGAGGGAACGUGUCGAAUGCGGGGCUGCCCGGCGACUUCCGCGAGGUGCUCCAGCGGCGGCUCGGGGAGCUGGAGCGGCAGCUGCUGCGCAAGGUGGCCGAGCUGGAGGACGAGAAGUCCCUGCUCCACAACGAGACCUCGGCUCACCGGCAGAAGACCGAGAGCGCCCUGAACGCGCUGCUGCAGAGGGUGACCGAGCUGGAGCGAGGCAACAGCGCCUUCAAGUCGCCAGAUGCCUUCAAAGUGUCCCUCCCCCUCCGCACAAACUACCUGUACGGCAAGAUCAAGAAGACGCUGCCCGAGCUGUACGCCUUCACCAUCUGCCUGUGGCUGCGGUCCAGCGCCUCACCGGGCAUUGGCACCCCGUUCUCCUAUGCGGUGCCUGGGCAGGCCAACGAGAUCGUGCUGAUAGAGUGGGGCAACAACCCCAUCGAGCUGCUCGUCAACGACAAGGUCGCGCAGCUGCCCCUGUUUGUCAGCGACGGCAAGUGGCACCACAUUUGUGUCACCUGGACGACGCGGGACGGCAUGUGGGAAGCUUUCCAGGAUGGGGAGAAGCUCGGCACUGGGGAGAACCUGGCCCCCUGGCACCCCAUCAAGCCAGGGGGUGUGCUGAUCCUCGGGCAGGAGCAGGACACCGUGGGGGGCAGGUUCGAUGCCACGCAGGCGUUCGUGGGCGAGCUCAGCCAGUUCAACAUAUGGGAUCGCGUCCUUCGUGCACAGGAAAUUGUCAAUAUCGCCAACUGCUCCACGAACAUGCCGGGCAACAUCAUCCCGUGGGUGGACAACAACGUCGACGUGUUUGGGGGGGCGUCCAAGUGGCCCGUGGAGACGUGUGAGGAGCGUCUCCUCGACUUGUAG